GGCCCAAAAAAAAAAAAAACUUGAGCUUCGUCUCUGAAUUUCACUUCAGCUCCUGCUAAGAAAAAGCAAAGUGCAGCACUAACUAUGGCGGAGACAACCUCUCCCAUGCUCAUUGACGACGAUGAUAACAACUUCUCUGCCAUACCCAACAAGGGCAAAAGCGUGGUCGUUGCCGGCAAUCCACCCGCCAGCAAGGAUACUCCGUGGGUUGAAAAGUACCGCCCUAAAUGCCUCGACGACGUUGCCGCACAUCGCGACAUUGUCGAUACCAUUGAUAGGCUGACUUCUGAGAACAGAUUACCCCAUCUUCUAUUGUACGGCCCUCCAGGCACGGGCAAAACAUCAACUAUUCUUGCUGUGGCCCGCAAACUAUAUGGGGCACAAUACCAAAACAUGAUUUUGGAGCUCAAUGCAUCAGAUGACAGGGGAAUUGAUAUCGUACGCCAACAGAUACAAGAUUUUGCUAGCACCCAGAGCUUCUCAUUUGGAGUCAAGUCCUCUGUAAAGUUGGUCUUGUUAGAUGAGGCAGAUGCAAUGACAAAGGAUGCACAGUUUGCAUUGCGUAGAGUGAUUGAGAAAUAUACAAAAAAUACUAGGUUUGCACUCAUCUGUAAUCAUGUAAACAAGAUUAUUCCAGCACUGCAAUCAAGAUGCACUCGAUUUCGGUUUGCCCCUCUCGAUGCUGUCCAUAUUACUGAGAGAUUGAAGCAUAUUGUUAAGGCUGAAGGGCUUGAUGUUACAGAAAGCGGUUUAGCAGCACUUGUUCGGCUCUGUAAUGGAGAUAUGAGAAAGGCUUUGAACAUUUUGCAGUCAACGCAUAUGGCUUCUCAGCAGAUAACAGAAGAAGCUGUUUAUCUUUGUACUGGAAACCCAUUACCCAAAGACAUUGAGCAAAUCUCUUAUUGGCUUCUGAAUGAACAAUUUGCAGAUAGUUUUAAAAGAAUAUAUGAAAUCAAGACAAGAAAAGGAUUGGCGCUGGUGGAUAUUGUGAGAGAGGUCACAACGUUCGUUUUUAAGAUUAAGAUGCCCCCAAGCGUUCGAGUGCAGCUGGUGAAUGAUUUGGCUGACAUAGAGUACAGAUUGAGUUUUGGGUGCAAUGAUAAGCUGCAGCUGGGAUCGGUUAUUGCUUCUUUCACACGUGCUAGGUCUGCACUGGUUGCGGCUGCUAAUUAACUUGAAAGCUUGGGAUUGGUAUUGCUAUUACGUUCUUGGUUAGGGAUGUUUGAUACCGUCACUGUGAUGGCAAGAAUCUCAAGCUGUACAAAAAGAAUUAAUCUUUUAAUAUGGGAUGAGUUGGCUCGCGUUUUGGAGGAUGAGUCAUUUCAAAAUUUUAAUGCAGCGGGUAUUUUUGUCGACAUAUUCACUGCUGAAUAUAUUCUACUUUAUCAUGGGUUUAGCCUUCUUACGGCUUCAUCUAAAUAUAUGCGAUAUCGGCCUCUCCAA